AUUCGCGCUAAGUUGGCAACGGGAUAAACAUAACGUUCUCUUUAAGAAAACUCGUCAACAGCUUGUUAGCAUAGCAGUUCUAUAGUUCUAUAUUUACCUCCAGUGCAUUAAGUGAGUGUUGGAGGCAUUAGUUUCUCUUUCUAACAGUGUCAACCCAUUUCUCGUGAAAUAGUCUGGAUACUAAAAGGAUAACAACCUAAUUAGACAAGUGGAAUCUAAUUUCCAAGACUGAGUAUUGAAUAUUCUAGUUCUUUCGUUAUAUUCGUCGGCAUGGACGUUUGACAACUGCUUUUAUUAUUCAGUUAACAGUACAGAUAACGCCAGACCAGCAGCACAACUGAGUGCUAAACUUGAACAAAAUUGUUAAACCACAAUCUGUGGUUUAGAGAGGCAAUGUGACUUUAUUCAACGGCUCAUUACGUUCCAUGGUUAGUGAUUAACACUGACAUUGAACAAAGUGCAUUGAUUUGGGAUUUCUAAUCUGAGUGGAUCUUUUAUUGUGACGAGGACCACUUAAAGUGGAAAUUGAUAUAAAUUUUCGAAGUCCAUCUAGUUUCUUCUGAUAAUACUUCUUGAAGACUAAGAGAGUAUAAAGCACGAUGUUGGCCAAGAAGCUCUUGAAGAUUGUUCGAGAACCAUCUGCCGUUUCCCAGAAGAGUGGUGAAGGCAACGAUUCCAGUGGCGACGGAACCAUCUCAGAGACGAGUGUGACCUCUACCAGACUCGGUGGCCUCUCUCGGAAAGGUUCGGUGUGGUCACAGGUGGCCAAGAAACUCUCGCAGAAGGAAACGCAGAAAGCCCUGGUGCCACGCGUCAAGUACGAGAACACCUAUCAACUCUCCCCGGACGACAGCUGCAAAUUUGACGCCACCAAGGUGCAGAACUUCGUCGAGGAACUCCUGGCGAUCCGCCUGAAAACGGAGGAGUACAACCCAAGGACGGUAUCUUCCCUGACGACGAACUUGUCGGACGUCAUCAAGGGGCGUAUCAAGAAGAUGGGGUUCAAGAGGCACAAGAUCGUCUGUCAUCUUGUUAUUGGAGAACAGAAUAGUCAAGAUGUACAUGUCACAAGUCGCUGCGUCUGGGAUACCAACACGGAUAAUUCAGCGACGGCAAGGUACUCGAACACAUCACUUUUCGCCGUGGCGACUAUUUUUGCUGUGUACUUUGAGUAAAAAAAGAA